CCUUUGCCCUAUUUAAUGUUCAGAAUUCUCAAAGUGAAAGCGGAAUUACUACACGUUUUGUUGAGUUUGCAUAGUGAAAACAUACAUUUUGAUUGGAACUUUUUAGCUUAAACUAGCUAGCGUUAAUGAACUUCUAUGUCACGCCGUUACUAGCUGGCUGGUUGUCACAAAUACAAUUAAACGAGGCGAUAAGACCAAUAUAAUCUAUAGAACACAAGUUGGUUAAAUAUGCUUGAUGGUGUCUGUUUGACUGGUAGUAGCGUCGUUUGCCAGAAACUUUUUUUUGGUUUCUAGUCGGUUCUAGAAUAUUACACAUUUCAUGUUUGUUUAUUAUGAGGUUGGAUUCUAGCCCUGAACUACAGAGAUACUAACAUUAAUCCUGAUGUAUGUGUAACUGAUGCAAGGUGCUGGCUGUAACUAGUCCUGAAAAUGUGAAAUCCUAACAUAAAUCAGUAAAGCAUUGUGUAUUUAUGUUUCGCAAUCAUUCAGGUCAUGUGACUGCUGCUAUCAGGGUGCUUUUGUCAAAGAUGAUCUAUUUUAUUGACAAGAUAGUCGAGUGACCGCUCUAACAAUGGAAAUGCAUGUCCUCAAAGAUGGAAGGCAGGCGAGAUCAGUGAUAGGGCAGAUACGCGUGUGAAUAACAGGUGCACAACUCCAAUAUAAGUUGCCGAAAUGCCACCUGCGUCAACUUAUAUCAUUGCAUUCGUAACAACCUAGCCAUUACGAAGCAUAUUUUCGAUCAAAUAAGCCCCAAGUAGCAAAUUAGCAAUACAUUUUUUAAUUGACCUGCAUAAAAAAAUACUAAAGGGAAAGGGGGGUACCUAGUCAGCUGUACAACUGAAUGCGUUGAACUGAAAUGUGUCUUCCGCAUUUAACCCAACCCGUCUGAAUCGGAAAGGUUCGGGGAGCUGCCUUAAAUCGACAUCUACGUCUUCGGCGCUCUGGGAACAGUGUACAAGGACAGAUUUUGGAAUGAGAGGACAUGGCAGACCUUGGUGUGAAAGCAGGAGAUAAGGUGCUUUUGGUGUGGAGCCAGCCUUCGUCCCCAACAACCCUGAAGGAGCUGGCAGAGAGUCUAGGGGCCAUGGUUGGCACCGAUGGCCGAGUGUCCCUGGAGAAUAUGGAAAGACUUAUGAUGUCUUCACAUGCAGCAUCAAGCUACGACUGGGUCCUCUCAAGUGUACUCUCUGACAGCUUUUCUGUCCACACCUCAGAGACACUAGCAGAGAUGGCCAGAGUGAUCAAACCUGAUGGAAAACUAGUGCUUGAAGAACCUGUUACAGGAACUGAUGACCAAAAAGUGAGGACUGCUGAGAAGCUUCUAUCAGCCUUGAAGUUGUCUGGCCUGGUGUCAGUGACUGAGGUCAGUAAAGAACCCCUGACCCCAGAGGCUGUGUCUGCCCUGAAGACAUACACAGGCUUCCAGGGUAACACACUAUCCAGGGUGCGCAUGUCUGCUUCUAAACCCAACUUUGAAGUGGGCUCUUCAAGCCAGCUGAAGCUUUCCUUUGGGAAAAAAACCUCAAAACCAGUAGACAAACCUGUACUUGACCCCAAUGCUGCCAGGGCGUGGACCCUGUCAGCCAAUGACAUGGAUGAUGAUGAUGUGGACCUGGUAGAUUCAGAUGCGCUGUUGGAUGCAGAUGACUUUAAGAAGCCAGACGCAUCCUCCCUCAAAGCGCCCUCCUGUGGUGACGGAACCACCAAGAAAAAGAAGGCUUGCAAGAACUGCUCAUGUGGUCUUGCUGAGGAGUUGGAACAGGAGAGCAAGGGUGCCAAGACAAUCAGCCAGCCCAAGUCCGCCUGUGGAAGUUGUUACCUGGGCGAUGCCUUCCGAUGUGCCAGCUGUCCGUACAUUGGGAUGCCUGCCUUCAAACCUGGAGAGAAGAUUGUACUAGCCAACACAGGGCUAAAUGAUGUCUAGGAACAACCACAAUAUAUACUUUCUGGAAUAUCACAUUCCUUACAUCAUUCUAACCUCCCACCCCCUGGAGUCAAUGACAGGUUCUCACUGAGAUGGUCAGAAUGGCUCUUCUACAUCUCAUGUAUAAGAGCAAAAAGCAGGUAGUUUGAAGUAGCGAAACAAUCCAGGUUACAGGCUUAUUUGACCAUGUAAAAACUGUUCCUGGACAUACAAUGAAGAUUUCACAGGGCACUCACCAUAUUAACAUACAGGUGUCCAUAAUAAAUGUCAGUUCAAUUAACUGUGUGUAUAUUACUAUCUGUAUUGUUUUCUACAAAAAGUCUUAUUAAAUGGGAAAUCCUGAAAAUAGACCAAGUCA